UUGUUUGAGUGUUGUUGGUAAAGACUAAGAGUUGGCAUGGAGCAAGAGCAACUGUUAAACUGUUGAGAAGGUAUGUUCUGCUAAGGUGGCAUUAAAGAUUUGGUUCUGGUUGGUUUCAGUUAAUUUUGUCAAAUGGAGUAUAGAGGGUGGAUCUGCAAUCCAACAAAACAAAGCGAUGAAUAUAUUCGAGGCGUUAACACAUUUCUUGAAUUUGCUUUUCAAACGCCAGAAGAUGACGGAAAAAUAUUGUGUCCUUGUACAAAAUGUGCCAACUAUAAGUCACAUUCUCGCAGUACUGUUUAUGAACACUUAACUGAUCCGCGAUACGGAUUUCUUAGACGUUAUACGGAAUGGAUAUUCCAUGGUGAGAGAUCCACAACUUCAAGUUGUAUAAGCAAGAUUCAUAAACCUAAAAAAUUGAAAGCUUCUUUGUCUGAAAAACAAGAGUUACUGGAUGAACUUAAGCAGAUGAGAGAAAGUCAAGAGAGGACGUGUGCUUUGUUGGCAAAUUUUGCGACAUUGAUACAAAAUCGAUUUUCUGUCGAAGAUGUGAAUGAUAUUAUACAACCUGCAACACAGGUUUCAGAUGCUUCUAGUGUCCUUGGCCCGACGAGUUUUCCAAGUCCAGACGUUAAUGAAGAUGGAAGAGAGGAAGAUAAGUAGCUAAUUAUAUCCUGAUUGAUUAAAUUUGAAAAUUAAGUGGAUAUGAUUCAUUUUUUAUAAAAGUGAAUCAUAAAAGUUGUUACAUAAUAUAACAUUCCAACCUGGUCCUCUCAAUGUUGUUGUCUCUUGUGUUUUUAAUCAACAUUACCACAAGUCUCUUAAGACAAAUAUCAUCAUUCAAGUGAUCCAGAUAAACUAUGCUACAACAUUAAACUAUCAACAUAUUAUGCAUUUGCUGAUUCUGAACCCAGUUGAUUUUUACUCAGCUGAUUAUGUUUCUG